AUGCCGUCGCAGCGCAGGUCGGUGAGCAAGACCAUCUGGGAGGUAUGGGGAGAGCCUUUGGCUGAGGGACUCGGACUAUACGAACCAAAGGAUCGAAGCUACGGGCGAUGCGACAUCCCCUUUUCAGCGAUGGAGAAGAGGCUUUACGAGAAGGACGAUGUAGAGGUCACCUUUCACAAAGUCAUGCUCGAGAACGGCAAGGAUUGGGUGUGGUAUCAGGUGUGGCAGGAUCCCGUCGCUAUUCGGGAUACUGGUCGUGUCGCUGAUAUGAUCUUCGUCCACGGCACGGGUGUUCACUCGGGUACGUUGGCGAGUCAGUGUCGACGAUACCUCGACGCAGGGUUCCGCUGCAUCGUACCUGAUCUGCCUUCGCAUGGUUACUCUUCCGGUCUUCACGUCUAUCAGAGCAAGAUGGCAGGCUACUGUGCCGGACUCCAUUCGGUUCUUCACGACGUCGCAAAGCGCGAUCAGAAGGCGUCCCUCUUUCCGGACACGGAACCCACAAAACUCGAACGUCGCAAGACGUUCAUGCUAGGGCUAUCCUUCGGUGGCCUCGUCGCCUUCUCGUACGCACUUCAGUACCCUGCUUCUUACCGAUACGAUGAGACCGACCCCACCGAGAUCCCCAUCGACGGUCUCGUUGGCGUUGGUCCCAUGGUCGCCUACAACCCCAAGUACGUCGUCAUCCACUGGCUCCUCCGCACCCUCUUCAUCUCCCUUCUCUUCAUCUUCCGGCUCGGUCGUCUCGAGGUCAUGGUUCCACACAAAAAGGUCGUCGACAAGGAUCCCAAAGUGUACGAUUCGCUCAUCAUGCAAGAUCCUCGUUCACACCAAGGCUCGUUCCGAAUCGGUCACCUCUGGUGCAUCGAGAUGGCCAUGCUCGAGCUUCGUUCUCGGCAGGCCUCGAUCCGUCAUCCGAUCUACAUCCAGAUGGGCGGUCAGGACAAGGUUGCCGACAACGAGGUCGCGCUGAACUGGAUUCGUUCAACCUCGAGCAACGAUCGCAAGUACGAAGUCUACCCGAUAUGUCAACACGUGAUCUAUAAGAAGGCCAAGAUCCAACACGACGAUCUCGCAGGAAGGAUCACCGUGAUCGCUGACAACGUCGCUUGGAUGGUGGAACGUGCACCACCAACGGCGUUGGCUGCCGGAUCCAGCGCCGCGAUGGCCAUGUUGAAGAGAAGACAGCAGAUGCGCCUGGCUUCGUAUGCUAGCGAUGGAAGCGGAUCGAGCAGUAUCAGUCGAAGGACUUCGCAGACAUCGCUGUUCGAUGUCGAGGAGACCAAUGUCGAUGACGAUGCGGGAUCCGUUUGCACUUCGAUUCCCACCACUCCGCUGUUGAGCGAUUCGGAGAUGACGGAGAAGAGGAUCGACGCUAGCAAGAUGGCUGCUGCUGACGGCCAUCUUUUGCCAGUGGAGAGGAGAGGGUGGAUCAAGGGGGACGAUGGGGAGGACAGAAUGUACAGGGCGUUCUGGACUUUCAGGGAGGAGACUCGACCUUUCUCAUACAACCCUUACGGUGCCACUCGUACAUCCUAG